CCUGCUUGUCCAAUGUUGAUGGAUACCUUUCAAUUUGUUCAGCCUGAGAAGGUGGACAGGAUCCUUGGAGCGGUGAAAGCUUCCACAAUUUCAGACCUAGCUGAAACUUGACUCCCUUGUUCACAAACACACAGCUUGAGCUGAUGACUUAUGUUGCGGAAAUGGCCAACUGUGCUCAGUUGCCAAACAUUAGGUGGCUGUCUGCCCUGUUGGAAGGACCAAUUGUUCCAAUCUAAUCUCGAAACUUAUUUUGCAGCCCCUGCUAAUACACUGUCAGUCAUGGAAAUGAACAACCUCUGGGCCAAGUUCUAUAUUCUGUGGGGAAUCUCAGGUGGUCCUGCCUGGUUUGUGAUAAAUGUGUUCCCAAUCUCUGCUUCCCCAAACCCAUUAGGAAGGGAAUUCGUCACAGCUUUUUUGCAGAAUGGCUCGCCACGAAUGUCCAAGGGAGAUUUUAAACUCCUCAUCACAGGAUAUGCUGCUGGCACCACCAUUACUAUUUCCAUAAAACGGCCUGCAGUGAGGGUUGCAGUCAACGUGAAUGCUGGCCAAACAUUGUCUGUGGAAAUCCCACCAGAGGCUGAGAUGAUUGGAAGUGGUAUUUUUGACAACACACUCACUAUCCGGGCUGAUAAAGAUAUCUCCAUCCUCUCUCUUAACUACAAACCCCACACAGCUGACACCACCGUUGUCUAUCCAGUGACAAGCUUAGGUACUGAGUAUUAUGUCGUCACACCAAGUGUGGGCACAGAUCGCUCCAGAGAAGUUGCCAUUGUAGCCUGGGAAGAAACCACAUCUGUUGAUGUCUAUCUGAAAGGAGCUGUUACAUUUCAAGGAAAACCCUACUAUCGAGGAAACAAGUUGACUCUUACACUUCAGCCUUAUCAAGCUGCCCAGCUACAAAGCUCGGUGGACCUCUCUGGUACUAAAAUAGUUUCCCAGAAACCUGUGGCUGUUUAUAGUGGGCACACCUGUGUCUCCAGGCAAGUCCAGUGCGAUCAUGUUUCUGAACAGCUUCUACCCGUUUCCAGCUGGGGCACCAACUUCAUAAUUCCUUCUUUGCCCUUUAAUACAGAGCACGACAUUGUGUAUGUUUCUACUUCCCAAAAUACUCAAGUUGAUGCUCAGACUGGGCAUAGCAAAAGCAGCCGGAAUUUGCCCGCUGCCCGAUCAGUGCUCUACGGUAUUCAAGGUACAACUGCCAUGUCCCUCUCAGCUAGUUCUGGCAUCCAAGUAAUGUUCUUUAAUGAUGGUGGCACCCACCAGAACUUGAAAUAUGACCCCUUCUUCAUGGCAAUCCCUGACAUUUCUAGCUACUGUCAGGCCUACUACAUCUAUGGGCAUGACCAGUUUGACAACUACGCAUUGAUCAUUGCCAAAUCUUCAGAGACUUCUGGGAUCACCUUGAACAAGAGACCAUUACAAGGUCUUCAGUGGAAUACAGUUACUGGCACUGAAUAUUCCUGGACUUCCUACAAUUUAGGCCAAGGAUAUACAGUUCACACUAUGGAACAUCCUAGAGCUCCCUUUGGGUUGCUGAGCGUUGGCAUUGGAAAUGAGAAAGCUUAUGGCUCCCCUGCUGUUUGCGCCAAUGAUCCCUGCACAAAACUCCAGUGUCGGAUAAAGGAAACAUGUGAAGUGCAAAAUGGCCAAGCAAAUUGUGUCCAUGAAUAUAUGGGGACUUGCCAAGGUUCCACAACCCAGUAUAUUCAGACUUUUGAUGGUCUCUUUGCGGACUUCCAAGACUCCUGCACCUAUACCAUUGCACAGUACUGUGGCAGUGACGACAAGCUUGUACCUUUCUCAGUUGAAGAGAAGAACGGCAACACGGACUCCAAGGACUCGUCCAAACUGCAACUAAUUCAUAUCAAAGUUUAUGGUCAUAGCAUCACCAUUACAAAGGGAGACGAUGUCCAGCUUAUGUUGGAUGGUGUUGUGACCACUAUUCCUGCAACACUAGAGGAUGGAAAUAUUGAAGUCGCCAAAAGCAAUGACCAGAUUGAUGUAAAAACCAAUUUUGGCCUCCAAGUGACAUAUGAUCGGGAUGGUACCGUAGUGGUGACUCUGCCUAGCAGUUACUAUGGGGCCACGUGUGGGCUGUGUGGGAACUUCAAUGGGGAUUCAGAUGAUGACAUGACUUCCCCUAAUGGUGCCCCAACCUUCUCCGUCACGGAAUGGGCCAACAACUGGAAAGUAAAGGAUCAGGACCCUGCCUGCUCAGACUCCUGCCAAGGAAACUGCUUGAGUUGUGAUGACAGGCAGAAGGAGCUCUACGGCAGUGAAAAAUAUUGUGGGAUUAUCAGCAAUGCUUCGGGAGGACCUUUUGCAAUGUGUCAUGCAGCUGUGAGCCCUGCCAGCUACUUCAAUGGUUGUGUCGACAGAAUGUGUUCAGAGACAGGAGACAAGAAUGCGCUUUGCCACAUGAUGGAGACAUAUGCCACUGCUUGUGAAGAACAACAUGUUGCUAUUGCUGACUGGAAAAUUGCAUCUGGCUGUGGGCCAGAACAUCAGAGAAAUGAGUCAUCCAUUGAAGACCACACUUGUCCUGAGAACAGCCACUAUGAGGCUUGUGGAAAUGCCUGCCCAGCUACCUGCUCUGACCAGACGGCUCCCUCAAUGUGUGAUGAUACCUGUGUUGCCAUCUGCCAAUGCAACGAAGGCUAUGUCCUCAAUGGCAAGACAUGUGUUCCCAUUGAGAACUGCGGCUGUACCUACAACGACCUCCAUUACAAAGCUGGGGAGGAAUUUUGGGAGGAUGAGAACUGCAACUCCCGCUGCAAGUGUGAUGCCAAUCUGGGCCGGGUGACAUGCCGGAAGGCCAGUUGCAAAGGCAAUGAGAAGUGUGCCAUGGUGAAUGGUGUUCGUAGAUGCAAGGGAACGACUUAUUCCACCUGCAUAGGAACCGGCGACCCCCACUACACCACCUUUGAUGGGAGGAAGUAUGACUUCCAGGGCACCUGCAUUUAUCAAAUGGCAGGAGUCUGUUCCAAGGACCCCACCCUGACCCCAUUCUUGGUCACGGUAGAAAACAACAACCGAGGCAGCAAAUUAGUCUCUUUCACCAAGGUGGUAACUUUGGAAGUCUAUGGUAUGGUCAUCAGUCUGAGCCAGGAAUAUCCACGCAAAGUUCAGGUCAAUGGAGUCUUUGUAGACCUACCAUUUUCCUAUGAGAAUAAACUGAAGAUCUACAUCAGUGGUGUCCAUGGUUUCAUCAAAACAGACUUUGAUCUAAGAGUCAGCUUUGACUGGUACAGUUAUGCCAGAGUCAUUAUUCCCAGUGCUUACACCAAUGCUAUCUGUGGGCUCUGUGGCAAUGCCAAUCAGGAUCCAAGUGAUGAUUUUACCAUGAAAGAUGGCACUCAGGCAAGGGAUGAAAUUCAGUUUGCAAACAGCUGGAAGCUGAAGGAUGUCCCAGGAUGCUCGAUGGGAUGUACUACUGACUGUCCAGUAUGCAAGGAGACGGAGAAACAAACCUAUAAGGGAGACCAGUUCUGUGGGAUCCUAAUUAGAAAAGAUGGACCAUUUGGAGAGUGCCAUCAGGCUGUUGACUCAACAUCCUUUUUUGAAGAUUGUGUCUUUGAUACUUGUGCAUAUAAGGGUCACCAUGAUGUGCUCUGCAAUGCCAUCAGUGCCUAUGUGACAGCCUGUCAAUCUCAAGGCAUUCAGAUUGGACAGUGGAGAUCAGCCUCCUUUUGCAACAUCCCUUGCCCACGUAAUUCCCACUAUGAGCUCUGUGGAAAUGGCUGCCCUGCCACUUGUGAUGAUCACUCAGCUCCAGAAACAUGUGAAGCUUCAUGCGUGGAAGGAUGUGUCUGUGAUUCUGGAUGUUUCCUUAGUGGGGAUGACUGUGUCCCUCUUGAAGAGUGUGGCUGUGUCCACCAAGGCAGAUACUACAAGAAAGGAGAAGAAUUCUACACCAGCAUCUCUUGCCAGGAGAAGUGUCAGUGCAUGGGCAAUGGAUCCGUUGACUGCCGGAAAUUCUCCUGUGGAGCUCAUGAAGAGUGUAGGGUUAAAAACGGCAUCCAAGGCUGCCACCCCAUCGGAUAUGGAACCACAAUUGCAGCUGGUGACCCUCAUUAUAUUUCCUUUGAUGGUCAAACUUUUGAUUUUCAUGGCUCUUGCACCUAUACCUUCGCCAAAGUCUGUGGUGAAGAUCCAAAAUUAGUGAAGUUCUCUGUGUUGGUGGAGAAUGAGAAACCGGUUAAUGGGCGCUCACCUGUAACAAGAACCGUUAUGACUUCUGUCCAUGGCUAUUCUAUUGUUUUCGAAAGGGAAAUGAAAUGGAAGGCUGUGGUAAAUGGAGAACUCUUCACUUUGCCAAUGAAUACAGUGGAUGGGAAACUCUGGAUCACACAAGAGGGAAACAAUAUCAUUCUUCAGACAUCCUUUGGCCUCACUAUCCUUUAUGAUACUUCUUCAUAUGUUCGUGUAUCUAUCCCCACCACCUACCAGGGACACAUGUGCGGACUAGGUGGCAACUUCAAUGGUAAUAAGAGUGAUGACUUCAUGCUUCCCAAUGGAGACCUCACUAAAAGUAUGGAGAAAUUUGGAGCUUCCUGGAAAGUUUCUGUCGAUGGUGCUAUUUGCUCUGAUGGCUGUGGGGAGAGUUGUCCCACCUGCAGUGAAGCACAGAAGGCUCCAUAUAGGACUGAAAACACAUGUGGAAUGAUCCUGUCCAGGUCAGGACCAUUCAGAGAUUGCCACGGGUUGGUGAGCCCUACUGAUUACUUCAGACAUUGCCUUUUUGACAUGUGCGACGCCAGCGGUGCAAGAGAAACCCUUUGUCGUAGCCUUCAGGCAUAUGCAGCUGCAUGCCAACUAGCAGGAAUCAACAUUGGAAAAUGGAGAACAACCUCCUUCUGUCCCCUCUCCUGCCCAGGCAACAGCCAUUAUGAGUUGUGCACAAGAUCCUGUGACUAUACAUGUGCUGCCUUGUCUGCUCCAUCUCAGUGUAGUGGAAAAUGCUUUGAAGGCUGCCAGUGUGACACUGGCUAUGUGUUUGAUGGAGAGGAAUGUGUGUCCAUGGACAACUGUGGCUGUGCUUAUGAGGGACGUUAUAUCAAGGCUGGAGAGGUCAUCGUCUCUAGUGACUGCUCAGAGAAAUGCACAUGUCGUCCCUCAGGCCAGCUCACUUGUGAAGAAGCCAGCUGCUCAGCAGGAGAGACCUGUGCACUUACGUCUAAGAUCCGUGGCUGUGUAAAGCAGGCAGGCCACUGCACUCUCACACCAGGGGCCUGGUUCACAUCUUUUGAUGGCGCCAAAGGAAAAGUCCUCUCUAGUGGGAUCUACAAGUUGGCCUCUUACUGUGAUGAGAUGUCACCAUCUUGGUUUAAGGUUGUGGUUGAUGUCAAUGACUGCAAUAGUGAUGCUGAGUCAACAGUUACAGCUGUCUAUGUCUUCUUCCGGGAAGCCUUCAUCACAGUGACCAGCCACAAGGAAACUUGGGUCAAUGGACUCCUGGUCCAGCUCCCAAUGAAUAUAUCUGAAGCGGUGUCUAUUACUGAGUCUCAAGGUGCCAUUAUUAUUGAUCAGAGCUCGAAGAUGCAAGUCCUUUUCAGCCUCUAUAGCAAACUGACAGUGAGAGUCACAAACAGUCUGGCAGGAAAGAUGUGUGCCCCAUGUGGAAACUUCAACAGUGACAUCUCAGAUGAUCUAAGGCUGCCCAGUGGACAGAUUGCUGGUGGAAUUGCUGAGGUUAUUGAGGCCUGGAAAGCAAGGGACUUCUCAGAAUGGUGCGGUGGAAGGCACUGUCCUAUCAUCAAUGUUGAAGAAAUCACCAACAGAAGGAAAUGGGAGGGGGCACUGUUUUCUUCUUCGCCUAAGGCAGCAACAUUGUGUGGUGCAGCCCUUUGUGCUAUCCUCCCUUUCCUACUCAUAGCUGGCCUGAAUCAUUUUGUGCUCAUUUCCUUCAUAUAUUAAGCAGCUGCAACAAAUCUUGAUCCUCUUCUUCAUACUCAACUGGAUAACACUACAAGUCUCAAAUAUACUAAUACCUCAAUGGGACAGAAAGAAGCACACACCUUGAGCCAGUAUUACAUUUUAUUUCUCCUUUGUUCCUUUCUACAGUUAUUGAUACCUGGAAGACAAGAUGCUACCCAAUAUCAUGCUUUAUCUCAAAAUCCAACCUUGAAUCAUGCACUGGACCACACAACCACCUUAGAAUGCUGCAACUUUCCUCUCUCUUAGUAACUCUAUAGUUGAGAGCAUCAGAAUCCAAUGCUUCACUGCACUGAAUCAGAUCACAGAUAUAUUACGACAGCCAAGAAUGGAUUUUCCGUAUGUAGAAGCAAUGUAUUCAAAUUUUCAGACAGUGAAAAUAAACAAUUGAAGGGAUGGCUGUCAUCUUCUUGCCCUGCUUGUGGACUUCCUACCAGCAUCUGGAAAGUCUCUGUGGGAGUUUGUUUUAAUAGAUGCACCUUUGGUCUGAUGCAACUGUCUCUUCAGGUUGUCAAACUGAAUUUUGAUGCGAAUUUGCAUCGAAUCCCUUUGCUAUUUGUGGCUUAUAGCACACAGGGGAAACCAGAAUGUCUCAAAGCUACUACUUUCACCAUGUUUUGUACAUUAAGUAGGUGUAUUUGUGAAGAAAUAAAUGCUUAGACAAUCCCUGCGAAGUUUGUACACAUUCGUAUUUUUAGGACACCAAACAUACAGAGGCUAGCAUCCUAUCAGCAGCAGCAUCUACUAGUGUGAUUUCAUAUUAUGUUUUCAUGUGUGUUUUUGUGUUGUUGCAACCCUUCCUUCCUCAAAAACAACCAAAGACCUUCCUCGCAACUCACAAUAACCACCAUCCCCCAUUCGUAAUCCUGUUGCUGGUAAACAAUGGAAAAUAUCAGAAAAAAGCCUGGCUAUGUUCCCAUUGCAAAUAAAGACCAAUUGCAUCA